GCGCACUCCCGGCGCGGCGUGUGUCGGAAGCUGUGGUGGCGGCUGUGGCGUCUUCUUCUUCCGCAGCCGGGGUCGCCCAAAGCCAGGACGGCCAUGGAAGUAAAGGAUGCCAACGCUGCCCUGCUCAGUAAUUACGAGGUGUUCCAGUUACUAACUGAUCUGAAAGAGCAGCGCAAACAAAGUGGGAAGAAUAAAUUUAGUUCUGGGCAACAGAACUUGAAUACGAUCACCUAUGAGACGUUGAAGUACAUAUCAAAAACACCAUGUCGGCACCAGAGUCCGGAGAUUAUCAGAGAAUUUCUCACAGCAAUGAAAAGCCACAAAUUGACUAAGGCCGAGAAGCUUCAGCUGCUGAACCACAGGCCUGUGACGGCUGUUGAGAUCCAGCUGAUAGUGGAAGAGAGUGAAGAGCGGCUCACGGAGGAGCAGAUUGAAGCCCUUCUCCACACGGUCACCAGUAUUCUGCCAGCGGACCCGGAGGCUGAGCAGAAGCAGAACACAAGCGACGUGGCGAUGGACGAAGAGGAGCCAGCCUAGAAGAGUGCAUCUGGCCCCGCGUGUAAUGGUGGCUUAGCAGCUGCUUCCUGGACAUUCACAAGCUUGUUUGUUUGUUUUUUACCCUUUAUCCCAACAGGCUGGAUCUUGUGGUCGGUUGGG